AGCUAACAAGAACUGAUAAUCUUUUUUUUUUUUCUCAGAUAAACCCCAAUGAUGCAGAAAAAGGGAUCUGAGCCUGAUUUUACAGAGCCAUGGCAUCUUAGUGAUUCUGUCCUUGUUGUUGAGGAGAAGAAGUUCCAUGUUCACAAGGGUACUUUAUCCAUGUGGUCACCAGUGUUUGAAAGAAUGUUCUCCUCAGAGUUCAAAGAAAAAUUUGCAAGUGAGAUCCCUCUUCCAGGAAAGAAUGCCUCUGAAAUAAAGGAGCUGUUGCUUGUCAUUUACCCAACAUCAAAACCAAUUGGUGAAAAUAACUGUUACUUCCUUCUUCCCUUGGCAAGAGAGUAUCAAAUGGAGCAACUCACAGAGCGCUGUGAAAAGUAUCUGCUACAGAGAGAAAAGACUCCUCACCAGGCUAUUGACUUCCUUGUAUUAGCUAAUGAGUUUAACAUGGAGGAAUUGUGCAAACAAUGUGUUGAAAUUGCUAAACACAUGUCAAUAUCAGAAGUGCGACGUCAUGAGAAAUAUGCCAUGAUUGCUCCAGAGGAGGGCAGACAAUUGGCUGAAAGGAGAGUGGAGUUACUUGAGAACAAGAUGCAAAGCAGUGAGCAAAGGGUGAAUUCUGUAAAGAAAGAAGUCAAAGAUGUGUGUGAGUGGGGAGUAAGGGAACUGGGACGGGUUUUGUAUCAGAAGAAAUACCCAGAAGGAAGACGAAUUCCACGUGCUGUUAGUGAUUGUACAAAGCUCAUAGAGGAAACAGCAGUGGAAAGUGUUGAGGUUGCUGUCAUGAUACAGUUGGUACAACAUCGCCUUCGAAGUAUCUAUGAGCCAAUGUACAGUAAUAAUCAAAAAUAAGUGGACAGUUUUAACUUAAAACUCAGUCCUUGAAUUUAUUGAGAAUCAAUGAUCAAGAAUCUGGGCUCAAAUGACAAAUCCCCAUCUUUUUCAGGAGCUAUGUAGAUAAAGGCAACAGAUAUUGUAAUGCUAUUGAUGUAAGGUACCAAUACAAAUGUAAGCAAGUUCUCUCUUAAGGCAGAUCAAAGAAAUAUGAAAGGACAUGUAGAUGGUUCAGAGAGGGUUUGUGUUUCUUUUCAUCUGUGCCUAGGGUAACAAUUCUUUUGUUGUUUAGAACAUGUUAUGGUAAACUCAACCCUUUUUUUUCACUUUCAUUUAGUAGGAAUGCUUACUAGAUAGCUUAUAGGACACCAUUUUUUUACAGAGAGGUAAAACAGUUUAAUUAACAGAAAAAAAAACUUAUUGGAAAUAUAGUAUAAAAGUAGAAAGUGCAUGCAAAAAACAUAAUAAAUAUAUAGCAAAAGUUAACGUGCAAGCAGAGAAUGUAAAAAUGAACAACAAAUAAGGCACUGAGUCAAUCAGUUUUAUUAACAAUAUUAUAAAUAUUUUCCUUUUCCCAUUUCCUUUUCCAUUAUGUCAAGAAACAUCUGCUUGAGGGAGUUGUCACAAAGGUAUUAAAGGGUCUGGCAAAAGUGGAUGUUCUGGGAAGGUGACUGUUGAAAGAGUUUCAAUUAUAAUACAUGUAUAUACACUGUACAGACAAGACAUUGAUCAAAUUUGUCCUUUAUUGUUCCAAAAAUAAUAUUCUAUGAGCACCACGACUUUUAAAUUCAUGUACAAUUCUAAUACAUAUUCAUUGUGACAAGUAUUUGGCAUUUCACUAUAGUUUCAAGACAUUCUUGUCACAAGUUGUUGUUCUGUUGAUCUUCUACAAACUGCUUCAAUGUUGCUGGGUCAACUGGGAUAUACAAAUAUUCUACACCAUCAGCACCCUGUAAUCAAUGACAGAGAACAAAUUACAAGACUAUUAAUAAUAACUUUAUUUUAUUUUAAAAUUGUCAGUUUUGAAUUAUUAAACCUUUACACUCUUACAUGAGUAUUAA